ACAAGCUAAGCAGCAGGAAAAGAGCAGAAACACACUCCCAGCAGACGUCAUCAUGAUGGAGACACAGCAAAAGACUGGAAGUUGUCCUGCACCAUGCCAAACUGCUGUCACAACCAGCACAACAGAAACUUCCGGCGCAUCCAUGUACACUAUGUCUCGUUUCCAUGGGGAAGGAGUUCGCUACAAAGCCAAGCUGAUUGGCAUGGAUCCGGUACCUGAUGCCCUGGGAGAAAAAAUGUGCCGAGACUCCAUGAUGAAACUAAAGGGCUUUGAGGUAGCAUUAAGGAAACAGGGAGUGCACAAGAAGAGAAUUUGGUUGAAAAUUUCCUCCAGUGGCUUGAAAAUUCUGGAUGAAAGGACCGGGGUUAUUCUUCAUGACCAUGAGAGGAACAGGAUUAGCUCUUUAACCAAAGAUGAGACUGACCCCAGAGCUCUAGCCUACAUCUACCAGCAUCAGGACACCUACGUCCUCUUCUACAUCAAGACGGCUAACCUGGCACAUCCAGUGUUUCUUGACAUCAAGGAAGUUUGUCAGUCCGUGUACCAAGAGAGCCCACAGCAGCCUGCAGAGACACCGACACAAAGCUCUUCUUUACUGGUUCUAAAUGAGAGUUCAGCAGCCAAGGGACAAGUUCUUGAGGAAGUGUUCAGCCCACGGUCAGAUGUUUCAUCCCAGCAAUCAAACCAGGCCUCUUCCACUAAUGAGCUGAUGGAAGUGUUCUCCACCCCAUCGGAGGAACCUUUGACACCCACUCAAAUCCCAUGUAAGCCAGAGUCUCUACAGCAACAGCAAGUGCUCUCCACUUCACAGAUUCUCUCCAUGUUCCCCACACAUCCUGCAGGUGGCUCUCCAUACUCAUCUCCCACAUACCCUCCAGCCACCAUGCCUUGGGGCCAACAGGCACUUCCUGGAAACCAGUGGGUGGGUCCUUGGCCUACCACCCCUGGUAGCAUUUCUGCAUGGGCACCACAAGGUGUCACAGUAUCCCCUGCAGGAAGCCAGAUUCAGACUCCCAGCAUGGUGAACCCUCAGCCCAGUUUCAUUGUGGGAGGAAAUGCACCUCCUGCUGUUAACAGCUACUCCACACCUUUAAACUCCUUCUCUGCCCCUACAGGAACAACAGCAACACCACUAUCAGUGUCCUCCCCCUUGGAGAACCCCUCCCUCCUUUGAAGGGGUUGUGAUUCUGAAUUUAUUGAGUUCUUGUUUUAUUUUUAGAACUUUUAGGAAAAGAAAACACUAGCACACACCGAUGAUGAGGCUCUAAAUUGUUGCACAAAUAUUCUAUUCACACAUUUUCUUAAAUACUUAACCAGUUCUGGGUCAUAGGGGGCUGCAGCCUAACUCUGCUGCCAUAGGAUGAGAGGUGGGGUACACUCUGGACAGUUCUUCAGUCUAUCACAGGGGCUAACACACAGAAACAAUCAUUCAACCAUUUAGCUGUUGAGUUGAGGUGAAGUUGAAGAAUUUGGAGGAAGUCCAUUUUUUCCAUCCACUUUAUGCAUCGUACAGUACCAGUACCAUUGGCAGCAAAGCAUCCCCAGAAUAUGAUGCUACCACCACCAUGCUUGACAUUU